GGAAAAUUUUCCGAACCUCCCAACUAUGAGAAAUCGUCACACUAUCCUGCUUCAUAAAGCAUCAGCACUGCAAAGGCCGUGCUGUUCUUAUCAACAUCGGAAUCUCAACCUCGGUCAAGCGCCUCAUUGUAUUCCCCCCAAUGGAUCCUGGCGGAAGCAGGCGAGUACUAAGUCACCCGGAAUAUCAGAGGCAAGCAACUCUCAGAAGGAUGAUGCAAUUGGGCCGAAACCACUCAACCGCCCUCUAGGUUUACCAUACCCUCCUCAGGUUGGGCAAAACACAGGAGUUGAUAGUCGAACGCUUCGCCAGCGCAAAGCUGAGUUUAUGAAUCACGAAAAGCACAUGGAACGCCGCAUUCAACUUGUGAAGGAGUUUUCGAAACCGUAUUUUCGUGAAUGGACCGGGUUGCGCUACCAAGAAGGAAAAACUUUUCUAUCAAACCAGCGUAUCUUUAAAAGUGACAAAGCACUUUUCUUCCCAAACCUUUUUGGACGAACGCUAGAUCGGUUGAAUCCGUUACAGCAUACCACCCCAGUAUUUCGAGGGAAAAUCUCUAUUGUCAGUGUCUUCUCAAGUCUCUGGGCAGAACAGCAAGCUGCUUCUUUUGUUGGUAUAAAGCAGAACCCAACGUUGCAUCAGAUACUUCAAGGGUCGAAUGAACUUGUGCAGCAAGUACAAAUCAAUGUCGAGGAUAAUUGGUUAAAGGCUCUUCUUAUCAGGAGCUUCACGUCAAGACUGCGAAAGAAGUUACCUGAAGCACAACAUGGGAAGUACUUUCUAGUGACGAAAGGGUUUACAGAUCAAUUGAAGGAGCAAAUCGGGAUCAUAAACGGCAAGGUUGGAUACGUAUAUCUUUUGGAUGAAGUUUGCCGAAUUAGGUGGGCCGGCAACAGCGUUGCCACUCCACCUGAGAUGGAAUCUCUUAAUAAUGGUCUGCGAAGACUGGUUGAAGAAAAGCGGAGGAACAUGAGCAUAGGUCAAUGAAUUUGAAGCCUAGAUCUGCACUGUGGUCAAUCACUCCAACAGCAACCAAAAAUGUACGAGACACAUCGUGGGGCCGAUCAUGAGAAGUCUCUCCGGACGGUACACCGUACGUCGUGUCCAUUAGCGUCCCAAAUAAGCAAGGCUAUUGAUCAUCGUAUGUACAUAUAUACGACUAUAGCAUUUGUACGAGUGUUUCCUGAGUGAAAUCCUGCUCCUAA